AAACCCCUUUUUGGAGGCCUUCAUAAUCAAAUUUUCUUUACAAAAGAUGACAACAGAGACGAGAUUGGAGUUUUUCGUAGUAUCACCAACAGCCUUUGCCAAUCUGAUUUUUACGUGGAUCCUGUGCUCAAUGUGCUACUUGGUGCAAUUUUCGCGUCGCAUAUGGUUUGGGGAGGUUGGCACUCCUUUCUUAUACCGCAUGCUCUGCAGAGGGGAAUCUCUGUCCGGAACACCAUUAUCAUCACUUUCUCAGCAGCAAUAGGGAAUACCUUCGGCAGGGCUGCUGUAGGUGUCCUUACCAACAGCCUCGUCAAACCUGUUACCCUCUUUCUCUUCGCUACAAUCUUAAACAUCGCCACUCUUCUUUGCGACGUGUAUUUCACCAACUUCUACGCCAUGUUGGUGACGUCAUGUAUCUCCGCAAUGGCAGUAGGAGGGGAGGCGGUGUUAGGACAGUUGGUUGUGAGGUACAGAGCAUCUCCAGAGAAGUUUGAUGUCGUGUAUGCAGCCACCUUAAUUUUUAUCGGAUCCGGGCGGUUUCUUGGUGGCUAUUUGAGUGGAAUGAUUGCGGAUCACUUCUCAUCCUACAACGCAACGUUCAAACUAUUAGCUUUCAUCGAGGUUGUCGUUCUCCUCCUAAUGGUAGUCGUGAGAUGCAGACCAAAAGCAAACCCCGUCUGAACAUGCUGUAUCGGAAGCGUGUAACAUAUAUUUUUUUAUGGUGAGCUUUGAAAGCGAGUUCGUUCAGAAUGUUUUCUUUUUAUAUAUUAAAAAUAAAAUUAUUUUAAAAACAAUUUCUUUUCCUUUUUCAUAAACGCAUUUGGAGCUUAUUAUAUAAGUAAUCGAUAGGCAACUCAUAGAUACUUUUGUUUUACAUGCUGAAUAUAAUAAUACAUUUAUUACCAACAUACUGUGUAUAGAAUUU